AUUAUACAUACACUAGGGUGCUUAUACUUGACUGACCGUCUGUGCGCCGCCCCCGUUUUCUGCCGAUAUGGCUUCAAUACCCCUACAAGUUACCAUUCCCGCGGUAGCUGCUGCUGCUGCUUACGCCAAUGCUCGAUUCCUUGCUUACUACGACCUGGAACUACUCAGGGCCAUCGUUCCUACCGUCCUCGGCGGUGCCUGGAAGCGCUACCGGGACCGUGUGAAUCUCUUUUACCAACUUGAGAACCUCGCAACCGCCAAGUCGUCCGAAAACAGAGUGUUCCUUCGGUUCGAAGACCGGGCAUACACGUAUGCGCAGGCUUAUGAUACAGUCCUGCGCUAUGCCAACUGGCUCAAGGACAGGCGCGGCGUCAAGAGGGGCGAUCUCGUUGGCUUGGACUUUCAAAAUACCGAUACUUUCAUCUUCCUCGUCCUCGCUACGUGGGCCAUUGGAGCGUCGCCGGCGCUGCUGAAUUACAACCUUACCGGUAACCCGCUUAUUCACUGCGUGAACAAGUCAACGGCGCGGUUGGUCCUGGUCGAUCCCGUUGUUGCGGGCAAUGUCAGUGAAGAUGUCAGGUCGGCUUUGGGGGGCGUCAUCUUCGAAGUCGUGACGCCAGAGCUGGAACAAGAGAUGUUGGCAAUGGAUAGCGUCCGCCCUGCGGAUGAGCUGAGAAGCGGAUUCAAGGACAAAGACAUGGCGAUGCUUAUCUACACUAGCGGUACGACUGGCUUGCCCAAAGCUGCCAUUAUCUCAUGGGCCAAGGCUGCCACUGUUGCCAAUUUCACCUUUCGAUGGCUCGGCACCAAUGUGAACGACGUGUAUUAUACGGCCAUGCCUCUUUACCACAGCACAGCCAUGCUGUUGGGCUUUGCUCAUACUUUGGCAGCAGGUGCCACUUUUGCCAUGAGCCGUAAGUUCUCGACUUCCGGAUUUUGGAAUGACGUCCGAAAACACAAUGCCACGAUUAUCCAGUACGUUGGAGAGACGUGCCGGUACCUCCUAUCGGCACCUCCCAUCAUUGAUCCAGUUACUGGUGAAGACCUUGACCGCAAACAUAGAGUACGCGCUGCCUUUGGAAACGGACUGCGACCGGAUGUAUGGAACCGAUUCAAGGAGCGUUUUGGAAUCGAGACGAUCGCCGAAUUCUAUGGCGCGACCGAAGGCACCUUUGCGACGUGGAACAAGAGCCGAAACGACUUCAGCAUGGGUGCAGUGGGGCGAAGCGGUAGUCUCUAUAACGUUAUCUUUACAAGAGAGGUUGCCAUUGUCGAGGUGGACCAUGAAACCGAGCUUCCUCGCCGAGAUCCCAAAACCGGGUUUUGUACCCGAGCGCCCCGCGGAGAGCCAGGCGAGCUGCUCUUCAGGUUACCGCCUGGCGAUAUCAACUCUCGCUUCCAGGGCUACUAUGGCGAUGAGGAAUCAACAUCGAAAAAGGUGAUGAGGGAUGUGUUUAGCAAGGGCGAUGCCUGGUUCCGUACCGGUGAUGUGCUGCGCUGGGAUAACGAGAACCGAGUUUACUUCAGCGACCGUAUCGGUGACACUUUCCGGUGGAAGAGUGAGAACGUCUCGACUGCUGAGGUUGCCCAGGUGGUUGGCUUGCAUCCCGCGGUUCUCGAGUGCAAUGUCUACGGCGUCCAGGUGCCCAGCCACGAGGGUCGCGCGGGCUGCGCCGCCGUGGUUUUGAAGCCGUCGUGCUUGGUGCAGACAAGCGGUGAGGCGGCUAGAGCACCUAGGCCAACCGACGACACCGUCAAGAGUCUAGCUGAGCAUGUCAAGAGGGGGCUCCCCAAGUACGCCUUGCCUCUCUUCCUGCGCGUAGUGCCGGAGGGAGGCCUCCAGGCGACAGGUACGAACAAGCAGCAGAAGCACAACCUACGGAGCGAGGGCGUAGAUCCGGCCAGGACGGGUGAGGAUGAAGUGUUCUGGCUAAGGAACGGUACGUACGUCAAGUUCGGUGUAGCGGAUUGGAAGGAGCUUAAUGGGGGUAAUGUGAAGCUUUGA